AAACGGAUGACUGCAGCACGGAAGCGCAGUAGUUUUCAGAGCUGUGACAAACAAGCUGAAUGCACAGCCCGCAAUGACUGAAGCGUCUGGGUAUCCUCCAUUUAGACUGGGCGAGUCUCGGUUUAAUCAGGGUUCGUUUUAUGGCAGAUUAAGACAUUUUUUGGAUGUUAUUGACCCUCGCACACUUUUUGUAUCGGAGAGUCGUUUAUGUGAAUGUCUAAAACUUUUGGAUCAGUUCAAAAAUGGAUCUUUGCCUUCGGGUGUUACUAAUGCCCAGCUUUGGGAUGCUCAGAAGGUUAAACAGGCCAUCAUCCAUCCAGACACAGGAGAGAAGAUCCCCAUGCCCUUUCGCAUGUCAGGUUUUGUGCCUUUUGGUACACCAGUGGUAGUGGGCCUCCUUUUGCCCAAUCAGACUUUGGCUUCCACCAUCUUCUGGCAGUGGCUGAACCAGAGUCACAACGCCUGUGUCAACUAUUGCAACCGCAAUGCUACUAAGCCCACACCAAUGUCAACGUUUUUCCAGGGAUACCUCGGUGCAGUCAGCAGUGCAGUUACUAUUGCAGUGGGGCUAAAUAUUCUUAUUAAGAGAGCUGAGCAUUUUAGUCCAACGACGAGACUCCUGGUCCAGAGGUUCAUCCCCUUCCCUGCUGUCGCAAGUGCCAAUGUAUGUAAUGUUCUGCUGAUGCGCCACACUGAGCUGUCAGAGGGCAUCAGUGUCCUGGAUGACAAAGGCAAUGUCGUGGGCACCUCGAAACUUGCUGCAAGGCAUGCUUUAAUGGAGACGGCCGUGACACGUGUUGUACUACCCAUGCCUAUUCUCCUAUUGCCGCCUUUAAUAAUGGCAAUGCUUGAGAGGAUUGUCUGUGUGUUAACUGCAGUACAGGGUGAGUUGUCUUCUGCUAUGCUGCCUGUCAGCUCACCCUCACUGGCUUUCAAUGGAGCAAAAAGAAAGGUGCAGGCUCCCCCUGCUGCAGAAGCAUCCUCGUCUUGUGCUGCCCGUUCACAGCAUGGUGUGUCUGUCCGCCUUCGGUGCGGCUCUGCCCGUCGCCAUAAGUUUAUUCCCUCAAAACAGUCAGAUCCACGUGUCAGAACUAGAGCCAGAAAUCUCUGCUGCAACAGACUGCAAGAUCCUCACCUACAACAAGGGUCUUUAACCCAUCCAAAUGCCUAACACCUGGUAACUAAUACCUUUACCCCUCAUGGUAAAACUCAAAUUAAAAAAAGAACAAAAACCAGUGCUAUUACAAUAUUUGAUGCACACCAAUACCAGUGCUUAUAAAAGUAAUGGUUUGAUUAUAACGUCUCACUGGAUUGUUCAUGCUGUGUGUGAAAUGUGAAUUUUCUCUCAGCCACAUACAGAGACAAACUCACACCAGUGCUAAUCAUUGCUCUCAUUCUCUUUGCCUUCACUUGAACAUGAAAGUGGUAAAAUACACUGUAGGAUUUUGGGAUAUUUAUAGCAAUGAGCAAUCUGAUUCUUUUGAAUUUGACUGUGAUGUAUUUAAUACAUAACCUGCCAUUGGCCUUUCCUUUAAAACGAACCAAAUAACCUUCCAAAUGAAACACUAUUUAGCAGUUUUUUACAUUUAAGUAUACAUAUUUACACCCAGUUAAAGGUGAUUUACUGUUUUCUAUAUAAAAUCACCCUACAUAAUAUAAAGAAGAUAAUGUGAAAAAUAUAACCUUGAUUAAUAUUGACUGAAUAAGGUUAUGUGAAAUAUUGAAAUCAAUGAGUGAAAUUAAACUUUGAUGCUGCUAAUCUAAUAAUUAGAUUGAGACUUUAGCCUUGAUUUCACAGGUUUUUCAAAUUGUCUCUUAGACUGUAAAACAAUUCUGUAAAAAUUACAGUAUUACUGGCAGCUGGUGUCCAGUAAGUUACUGUAGAUUUUACAUUUAUGUUAUUUACUGGCAACAAUUUGUUCAAAGUGAAAUGAAACAUUUUCAGUCUUUAUCUUCUACAGUAAGUUACUACAAACCAGCUGCAUAAAUACAGCUUAUUUUUUACAGUAUACGUUUUAUAUUUAUUACCAUUUUAACAAGUAAAACAAAAAGUAAAAGGAUUUUCAAAAUUUUAAAUAAUUGGCAAUAAUUCUAUUAUACAAAUAAAUAUAAAAAUAUACAUUGAAAUUAAAGUUUUCAUAUAUAAGUCUAUAUUAGGUGUACACAAACAAUGCUGGGUUAUUUUCAGCCCACCAUUGGAUCAAAAAUAGACAAACCCAACCCACCGGGUUGUAAUUUAACCUAUGCUGGUUUGUUUGAGCACAAAAUGCUGGUUUGUUUUAACCCAUUGUUGGGUCAAAUAUGAAAAUGUUCUGGGUUAAUUUAACCCAACGGAUGGAUUUGUACCUUUUUGAUCUAAUGCUGAGUUAAAAAUAACCCAGCUUUUUUAACAAAUUAUUAAAAUAUGUAUAGAUGGUUUCAGCAGUAACGGCUUUCGUGGAACAAAUGUUUUCUUUGCAUACUAAUAAACAGAAAUAAAACACAUAAAAAUAUGACAAAAUCAAGUGCUUUCAUCUAUUUUUUUAGUUGAAGAACACACAAAUCCUUAAAUAGAGUCAUGGUUAAUGAACAGAAACAUUUUGUACACAGGUCUACAAUUCUUGGUUUUCUUUCUUCUUUUUCCAUCCAUUUGUUUGUUUAUCAUUAAACGAUUCUAUCUCUGCUUA